CUGCUGGACAGACACAUGCUGAGAGGCAGAGGGACACACACGCACAGAGUCACCUGUCCUGCUGCUGCUGCCUGGGGGGCAGGGGCAGGGCUGCCAGGCAUGGAGAGAGCAAAACUCCCAAGCUAACCGAAGGAGGCAGCCAUAGCUGAUCAGACGGCUCCCCUGCCCCAGAAACUAGCUCCUAGCCCACCCACUGGCCCUCCCCCGUCAUACGCCCCAGAGGCAGGGGGAUGUCAAGGCUCAAGCCACUAGCCCAGCCUGACUAUCCACCCAGGGACCUGGCAGGGACUCGGCCAGAGGGGCAAGGUGGGUGAGGGCGUUUGACGAGGCAGCCGGCCAGCUUUGAGUCAGAGUCAAUGAGCUCAUGCUGAGAGGCUGGGCCCAGCCCUAAAGAGGCACUGCCAGACCUGGACCGGGAACUCACUGGUGUGCGGAUAAACUGGCAGAGGGAGACGGGUGCAGCUGGGAUCCCAGGCCAGGACCCUGCCACCAGGUGUCCCCGCAGCCCCUUGCCGGGGGAGCCCUCGGUGCCCCAUGGGGGAGGAGAUGGCACUCGGCGUGGGGAACGGCUGCGCUGGGAAACCCACAGGGGAUGAGGCAGAGACUGUGGUAAUGAUCCAGAAGGGGCCCUCGCGGCCUGAGCCGUCUGCCUGGACCCCACGUCCCCGUGCCCUCCGCAACCUGGCCAUAGGCAGCAUUGUCUGCGGCUGCUCCUGCCUGGGGGUGCUGGCCCUAAUCUAUGCUGUCAAGGCCAACGAGAAGCGGAAGACAAACUCUCCUGACGCGGCUCUCUGGGCCCGGAAGUCCUUCCGGUUCUCCCUUCUCAGCAUUGGGGUCUGGGUGUCUCUGCUCAUCCUGGUGCCGCUGCUCAUGGGACUCAUCUCUUACCUGAUUGCCAGGGCUGAGUGAUCUCCUGCCACAUCCUCAUUGGCUCUGGGGGAUCAGGGGGAUUCCCAGGUCUGAUUUCUCUCUCUUGGGACUGCAGGAUGGGAGUUGUCCUGGCUGCAUCUCACCACAACUGGCCUGGAAUCUCCCCAGUCCUGACAGUUCUGGAGCAGUUCCGGCUUCUCCGUGGCUUGGGACUGAGACUUCAGAGAGACCAGGGUGGGGAGUGGGACAGGAUCGUCUGUGACUGUCUAGUCCCAGCAGAGAUAGCGAUAAAGGAACCUAAAAACAUCAAGGAAAAAUCCAAGGCUGGUAGGGCUAAGGACCAGACUGAUUCCGUUCCUAGACGGAGAUGGUAAAGCUGUUAAUAAGGAUGUACAAAAGGUGCUUUGUAUUUGGAGAGAAACAGGAUGAUGAACUCCUAUCAUAUGAGGAUGAUGAAGUACUUUCCAGCCCAUUAAUGACCGAGGAGGAUGUUAAACAACAUCUACUAAACACCUUCCAAUCACAGGCCCAGGGAACAUGUCCCCAAAAGUCCUAACGAAGUUGGCCGAGGAGCUCACAGGCCUGAAAAUGUUAAUUUUUAAUAGAUGUUGGAAUGAAAUUCCAGAAGACUGGUAGAAUGCUAAUACUGUGCCAGGCAAGCAGGGUGACCAGGGGAAUUAUAGGCUGGUUAGCAUGACUUCGAUCCUGGGCGACAUAAGAGAAACGCUGAUAAGGGAUUCCGUCAACAAAGACUGAAAAGAUGUAGUUAAAAUCAGACCGCACUGUUUUAUGGAAAAUACAUUUUUGUCAGGUAAAGCUGAUUUAAUUCUUUAACAAGGUUACAAAUUUGGUUGACAAAGGCAGUUGGGUAGCGGUAAUAUAUUUAGGGGUUUUGUAAGGCAGUUGACUUAGACUCACUUAACAUUCUGAUUAAAAAUAUAGCACAAUUCAACAGCAACAGAGCACAAGGGAAAUGGAUUGA